AUGUCAGGGUCUAUCGAGACCCUCACCAGGCCCUCUUCCUUCUUUGUGCGCCAUGCCUCCCGCACAACUACUCGCAUCCAUUCCAUUGCCCGUCGAUCUGCUUCACCCUUUCCUUGUCGCAUGGUUAUUCUCUCCCAUGACAAGCUUCAUCGAGAAAGUGCGGCCAAGAAUCCUGACUUGCGUCGUUGCUUAGGCCACCAGCGACUUCUCCGCCAUUCUAUCGAAGUGGCCCAAAAAGAUAUGAAGAAAGCCAUGGCACCGUUUCGAUUAGAUGACAACGGCAAGGAAGACGAUGGAAUCUCAGGGGAUGGUUUCUCGAACUUCCCCAGCCCUAUUAUUCGGGAACAGAUCACAAAGGCCGUAAAGGCAAUGGUCAAGCGCCGUGCAGCUAGUCAAACGCGGGAGCCAGACAAUACCAAUGCAGCACCACGACUCAUUCGGAUGCCGACGAAGAAUACUAGCAGUUGCGAAUUGGCGUCAUCGAGGCAACCCAAUACCUUCUACAAGGUUUCAUCCGUCACAACGAAACGUAGCAAACCUUCAAUAAGCUUUGCCUUCACUCGACACUUGUGGUCGUCCGGGCAGUCGAUGCAGACAAUUGGCAGUUGA